AUGGCCGUCGAUCCGACAUACCCGCUCUACCCCAUCGCUUGCCUCCUGGCUUCAGCAAUGCUGCUCCUUGUUUUGUUGACAAGCUUGGGCCGUCAGCGUGUGAAUCUCGGUGUCGCCUUUCUAUGUUUCUGGCUCUUCUUGGAGACCCUAACCCUUGGCAUCAACACUAUCAUUUGGUCUGACAACGCCGACAUCAAGCUGUAUGUGUAUUGCGAUAUAGUCUCGCACGUACAGAUGAUAACUUCCGUUGUCAAACCUAUGGCCACUCUCAUCAUCACUCGCCGACUGCAUCUGAUCUCCAACCUGCGUUCCAUGCAUCCCACGAAAGCGGCAAGUGGGUGCUCGGUUUGGGAAUCCCUCUUCUGGUUGCAGGACCUUUCUGAGAGUACGUCCAUGUUGCGAAUGUCGCCUCGUGCCCUCAGCCCGCUCGAAGAUUACGUCGUCCAGGAACUUCGAUUUCAGGUCGACGAGGGUUUCGGUUGCACCAACGCCUCCGAUAAUUCAAUACUCAGCAUUUUGCUCGUCAGAUCGUGGACUGUGGUCAUACCUAUGGUGUCCAUUAUCAUUUACUCUCUUCAUGUCACUCGAGUCUUCUAUCGUCACAGUCGGGAGAUGAACUACUUCUUCCAGGGCAAUAACUCAGUAACCCGCACGAGCCACUUCAGGAUCCUCACCUUGGCAAGUGUCGAUAUCCUGCUCACGUUACCUACAGGCAUCGUGACGAUCGUCUUGAUUGUUAAAGACCUUCUAUCUGUCGGUCCCUUUCCAUUCUACUUCGGCUGGACCGCCGACCACACGGACUGGCAGCCGCAGAGCUUCCUCUAUGCAGACACGGUGUCCGUCGGGCCUUUCACCGUAGCAGACUUCUACUUCACUUACUGGACUUCACCUACCCUUGCAUUCGUCAUAUUUGCGCUCUUCGGCAUCACAUCGGAAGCCCGUGCAUCGUACUGGCGCAUCAUACGCACCGUCGGCGGCUGGCUCGGCUGGAAGCCGACAGCUCGCGCGCAUUCGCCGCUGGGAGAAAUCGAGUUCAGCGAGCGUCCUGCUCAGGAUUCGAUAUUUCGUCCUGAGUCGAACCCAAGCUACAUCAACCCUAAUGCCCGCGCGCAAGAUCAAGACGGCCACGUAGGAGGUGUCAUGGGCGAGGCAGGGAUUGUCUCGGAGAGGGAUACUAUAGGGGAAGUACGCCGGAGUACUGUCGAGGAGGGGUACGACGAACGCCCGACGCAGCCUUCCGCGUUUUCACAGGCUGGCUUCUGCAAUGCUUCGGCCUAA